AUGGGUAAUCAUGCAAGUCAACGAAAUCGAGGCAAUGUACAAAAUAAUGGCAAUUUAAAUCCAUAUGGAACAAAACAUAGUCGUGAUGCUGUUUUUUCAGGAUCUGCACCUUAUGGUGCAGCUCCAGGUAAGAUAAAAUUUUAUCAUAUUUUUAAUAACUAUUUUAAAUUAGGUUAUGGUAUUCCAGCAGCUUAUACUCCUGAACCGUAUUCAAUAAUGGACUGGACUGAGCAGUAUAUUCCAACAAUGGUUGGUGGUCGCGGAAAACGACCUGUUGUUUAUGUUGGAACUUCAUUACCUGCUGCAAAUUCAUUUGGUAGUUUUGGUCUUGGUUCACCUUUUGGAGGUGGUUUUCCUUUUUCAGGUGGCUUACCAUUUAAAGGUCGUGUACCUUUUGCAGGUGGCUUACCAUUAAGAGGUGGUACACCCUUUGCAGGUCGCGUUCCAUUCAAACCGAAUUUUCCACGAUUCCGUUAA